GUCCUAUCUGUGAUAUUUGGUGCUCCAUGCUCCAAAAUCACCCAUGACUUGUUCCCGCCAGACUAACCGGUACCGACCGGUAUUUAUGUUUUAUGAGAUUUAUAUAUACAAGCUACGUUGUACUUAAUUAAAGUAUCUCGUUACUUCUAACUUGUUUCUGUAACGUUGUCUUUAACGUGGAAAAAAUGUCGGAAGAUAGAGCAGCAACAACAGAAGAUAUGUGGACUCCAUACAAAGAGUUGCAAAGUCUUGUUGAAAAGUAUAUAAUAUCAGUUCCUGAUAUUCAAGAUCCUCAGUAUCAUGAACUCACAGAAGCUCUGCGAAAUCACAGACAGAAUUUCCUUACUAUAUUAAAGAAUCCACCAAAAAACAUGAAAAGUCGCGAUGAAAUUAAAAAAGGAGUCACAGAUGGUAUUACGCUACCUGGUUUGGGUCACCAAAUAUUAUCAAAGGAGUUAGUAGAUGAGACUAUCAUUAUAUCAGAGAUGUACGACUUGAACGAGUUCAUGGCAUUGGAUCUUCUCUGUACGGCUCAACUUCAAAUGCCACACCAUCCUGGUUUAACGCGUGGUUUAACAGCUGUUCUUCUAUAUUACGACGGAAGAAAAGCAUUAACAUCAGUAUUAAGGACCUUGGUGCACACUCGAAUUGGUCACAGUUGGGCAGUGGAUGCACCGAUCGCUCUUACGAGACACAUUACAGACUAUACGAAUAAAUUGCAAGAGGAUGGGAUGUUAAAUAGGAUUUUAUCCUUAAUAGAGGAAAUGGACCCCACCAAGGAACAAGAUUUGCUGCAAGCAAAUAGGGCAUUAGGUGGAGCAAAGCACCAUCAGAUGGUUAUGAAACUUUACAAUGACACACGACAAGAUUUGGCUGAUAUCUUAUACUUAUGGUCCGCUCAGUCGUCUCUUCCGAAUAUAAUUCUAUUCCGCUUAUUAUCUAUACUGCAAACACGUCAAGUGGAAUCCGAGGCGGGUGAAGGAGGACCUGACAAAGUUACACUUGCACUCAUUAUGGCCGUUUUAAAUGCCUUCAACUUUAAUUUCUUACAUAGUCGUGAAAAUGGCGAAGAAUUAAUUAAUUCAAUGCCAUUAAUCGCGGAGAGAGAAGCACUGGAGGAACUGAAUCAAAAGUUAAUAUCCACUAGCAUAAAUUGGGAGAGUGCUGGAUUGCGGGGGGUGAUACAGUUUGCUUUGGCGAUAGCUAUGAUUACCGUCAAAACAACCACCACGCAGUUUCAGUCUCAGAGCAUUUCCGCGGAAGAUGAAAUACUAAUAGAAGCGGCCCUAGCUAACAAAGCUUUCCAUUUUAUGGCCGAGGUUUUGCUCAAGAGUAGCUGUAUACAUCAAGAGGAAUUUUACGUCCGCUAUUUUCACACGCUCAUCUCCGACUUCAUAUUACUGAUGCCCGUUAAAAUUAAGGAAUUACGCAGUCGCGCCGACGAAUCUAUGCGCUUGAUUCAGGCAUUUCAGCAGGAGGGCAUUGAACCACCGAUGAACCUGGAUAAUCACUUUGAAUAUUUAAUGCUGAUGGUGGCAGAACUGUAUAAGGAAGAUCCACUGAAGUUAAAUUUAGCCAUGGAUUAUUGGUGUCAUCAUACUGACACGACUCAUGUGUCAGCUCCUGCGUACAUCAGUCGCUUGCCGUCUAGACAAGUUGCUCUAUUUAAAUUUGUACGUCUUGCCGGAGAGAUAUUGCCAGCCGGUUUAUUUGUUCCAUAUAUGAAGAUGAUAGCGUCUCUCGCCUCGUCGCCACAAGCAGCUAGAUAUGCUUUUAAUUUUUUUAAACCAAACGGCUCAUCCGGUUCAGCGACUAUUUCAUGGGAUCAUUUCUUCAACUCUUUAAACAGAUACUAUUACAAUUUGAGGCAGGAAUUACCGCCUAGUCAGGAUACAGUGUAUAGGCAAAGGUGUCAUCCGAAGGGAAUUAUGCCGCAGGAAGUCAAAGGUCUCGAGGCAGUGCUACUGGUUGUCCAAGUGAUAGCCAGGAACGAUGAAAUGUCGAGAGUUGCAAUAUGCGAUCACCCGAGUUGGAAAGUCUUGCAGUCGUUGAUCGGCUUGGUGAGCUGCGCGAUGCCGAUACCUUUGAAGGGCGUGCUAGUGAGAACUCUCGCGGCGCUGGCCAGAUCGCCAGAGAGUUCCACCACGGUUUGGCAGAGCUUGGAGGCCGCUCAGUUUCUAUCCACUAUACCGACGACGAGCAGCUAUCAGCCGAGGGGCGUGCAAACGGAAUUGGAAGAGAUCGAAUCUAGGAACGAGGAGUACCCGUUAACACGCGCCAUGCUGGAGCUGUUAGAUGUGCUUACCGACUUCCCAAUACCACGUCUGUUGGGCGUGGGCCAGCGAAAUCCGGGAUUCGAUCCGUAUCUGCACUUCAUCAUCAGUACCGUCUUCCAGAGAUUCCACACUCGUUCGUACAAGAAUCCUGCCGAGAAGUGGGAGGUGGCGGAGGCUUGCCUGAAGAUAUUCUCCAAGUUGAUAAAGCAGUACGAGCCAACCGUCGAAGAUUUCGUGGGCUGCAAAGUCGAGUUGCAAGGCGGCGAGUCCACCCUGGUCAAUUCCGCUCCGGGAUAUCACUUAAUGACGCGAUUGCACGACAAUUCUGAGCUGUUACACGUGAUACUGUACAUCAUGGGCGAAGGUUGCCAUCAUUUCGACACCUACGACAGUUUUCCGGGCAAGAAGUAUCUCGAGAGUUGCAGCCUUUACUGCUUGGAGAUACUGGAGCGUGGAUUAAAGAUGCAGAACAAUUACAUGGCGCAGUUGACUGCCAUACAGUCUGUGAACAAAAUUAUGACGGGGCUGUCGCGUUUGCUGCUCGGGGUGAAUCCUCGCACGGGUAAACCGGAUCACAUGAUCAGUAUCGUCAAGUACGUUUCUUACAGUUCGUGGCUGCCGAAACAGGCUUUCGUGGCGGUUGGGGUUAUUCAUGGCGUGACCAACGAGCCCGGAGCGGACUCCGAAUUGCUGUCGACGUUCACGGCAACUUCUACUUUAGCGACGAACGUCAGGCACGGCUUUGUCGAGUGUCUGGACGCGGACGGUGUCUCGGAGGAUGACGACGAGACGAUUAGAGCGGACGAUCAGAGCAGGCAGCCGAUUGGAAAUUGCAAAGAGAGAAUUCUACUCCUGAUGAUGCAUAGUAUCACGCGACCCGCGCCCAAUCUCGCGCAUUACUUGCUCGGCUUCGAAAUAACUAAGGACAUCAGGAAGACCGUUAUUCAGCAGCCGGGAAUCCUCGGAUUCCCGCGUACCUGCCUGCACUCCAUCUUGGGCAUUCUGGAGCAAUCUCUAGAGCGCGGUCGCGACAAAAUAACCGAGGCCUGCUACUGUUAUCUUCACACGUUAACGGCAAAUAGCAAAACAUCGGCGCCCGUUCUCCGAUUUUUACGUACCACGAGUAAUCAGGACUUCGUGCAGAGGCACCUUUCGAAAUUACCGUUCCAGGGGCCAAAUAGGUCGACCGAGCUCGGCUGUAUGUCUUGGCUACUGAAAAUAGCGGCUAUCGAGUUGCGAGUCGCCGGUGGUAGUUUGCAGACUUCUCUGAUUCAGCAGUUGGUGGGAAGUUUCCAUCAGGACAAGGAUCAAAUCGUGCCCUCUCAGAAGCUUCUGAUGGAUCUCUUGCAUUACAUCGAUUUCCAAUUGUAUCUGGAACCUACGAAAUCAUGGGAAUUCUUCGAUCCGUCGCAAAUCGAAAUGGUGCUGGGCAAGUGCAGCAUCCCCGUCGCGCUGAUGGGCGGUCCGUGGCUCAUCGACAUCAGGAAACUGCAUUCACUCAUCACCGAGGAAUUGACGGUUACGCAGAGCAGCGCGACCGCUACCCAACGCAAGCUCAUGCAGCAGGAAGUGAAGUCCAUACUCGCGCACGCGUUGAAGAAGAAUCAGACCAAGGUUUUGUCCUAUGCAACUGUGAAAUUCGUAGAGGGCUGGUGCCAAACUACGGAGAUACUCUUCUCCGUCGCGACGAAUCAACAAUUGCCGGUGGCUCAACGACAGAAUCUUCUGCUGAACUUGUCGCACGAUCUACUACAGAAGAUGACGUCCUGCGAAGCUCUGAGCGAGAUCAAGACUUUGGUGUCCGGCACGGUUUUGAUGCUGCUGGUAAACUUACGAAACAGCUUUGUGAUUCAGUCGGACAACGAGUUGCUGCCGUCGUCACCAUCGAACACGACGAUGAUGAAAAUCAUUUUGAGUCACAUCUUACAGUGGAUCAUAAACGCCGGCGCGUCCUCGCAGAAGGUCGUGACGCAUCUUUACGCGGCCCUAUUGAACUUCCUGAGUAUCGUCGGCUUGGAAAAGUCCGAGCACGUAGGCGCAAUCGACUCCAUGUACAUCAGCCAAUUGGACAGCUCGUUGAACAAGCUGAUGCCCGUGCAGGAACGCUCGCAGCGUUACGCGACGAUUCAGGUCAUCAACAGCUUCGGAAAUCAGUUGAUGGACAUUUUGUGUCACAAUUGCUCGGGCGGACACGACGUGUGCAAGAUGCUCGCGUUGUCCUGCCUGGACAAGAUCUUGGAAUUGGACUACGAUAACGCGUGGAUGAUCUAUUUGGCGAGCAGAGGCUACCUGAAGCACAUGAUAGACAGUUUAUUGGAGUCGGACGGUCUGUUGCGAGGCAUGCUUCAACCGGAGCCGCAGACGAUGCGGCCCUUGUACCUGUACGAGGCGAAGAUGGCGAUCUUCUGCAGGAUGGCGUCAACGAGAUUAGGCGCGGAGAGCUUGCUCGAGAACAAGAUUUUGUCCUGCAUGUCCAGUAUGUGCGCGUACGAUCAGCAUCCGGACGUGCACUUGGGCUUCGAGGGCGGCGAUUAUUCGUUCAUACCUUCGGUCGGGCAACGCUAUCAGCAGAUUUUCUUACCGGCUUUGUAUCUCUGCGACGCUCUGUUCACCACGCUGGGAACGGAGAAUCAGUCGUGUGCCGUGCAAGUCUGCGGAUACCUGCAGAGUCACAGGGACACCGUAGAGAUGGCCCUGAGAAACGCAUUCUCGCACGCCAAUGUCCUUUUCUUGAAGGAGAUCGCGUGUCUCACCGGUGUGAUAUCUAGAUCUGCUAAUAUAGACAUGUACAAACUCGUUGAUGAUGAAUUGGCGAAAAUAAAUAUAGAUGAUUACAAAUUGGAGAGUAGCACCGGGAUGAGGGAAUUGCGAGCGCAUCUGUACCGGUUGCAGAAAUUGAUGCUGUCGCUGUUGAACAAAUUUCAGUUGCAUUCGAUCCCACUAAAUUCUAAUUACCCGCAAGCCGACGCAAAUCAGCAAUAUAUCGCUUGCAUACAGAUAGUUGCCAACGUUCUGCUGUACACACGUAAUCAAAUGCAACACAGUUGUAUGGAUCAGAAAAUACGGAAUGUCUUGUUUGAGCCUCACUUGACGCCGAAACCUGGGAGAAGGCAAGAUAAAAUAAAAGAUACCUCUGGUGGAGUGUGUUUGGGCACAAUUGUCGAACAAUUGGUUUCCAUGACAAAUUUGCUGCACACCGAGUUACCGUAUAUUGAGGUCCUGAUAAAGAAAGCGCAAAUGAUAACUGACAUGAGUACAGCGGAAUUGAAAAAAUACAUGUCUGAAAACGAGAUGGAACUCGAUAUAGGAAAGCAACGAAUGCUCGUCGAGCAGAAAUUAAAUCGUUGGAUAAAGGAUAAGCGACAAAGCAUAAAGUACUGCUCUCUUAUAAUAGAGCACGCUUUAUACAUUCUUUGGAGUCACUUGGAUUUUUAUACCAUGCAAGUCAUAUCACGGCAAACCCAAAGAGUACAUGUAUCCUCGGGUGGCGUCGACGAAAGUAUGAUAGAAUGGAAGGUUUCGUCAGAAACACUAAUGGAGCUGAAGCAAGGGCUCGUUUCCACAUUUACGGACGCUUUUAUCACACAGUUGUUGGACACAACACACAGCGAAUACGCGACAGUAGACCGUAGCUUUAUCGAAGCUCUUAUAAGACGAAUUAAAAGAUUGUUACAAUUUAUAAUUAUAAAAUAAUGAACGUUUGCGUCUACGUACAUAGUUUCAAUUUUAAUUACAUAUUUUUUUAUUCCACUUUGUAUACACCAUUUAUCGUUAAUCGUCAUUUUGUUAUAAUAAUUUAGACAGUAUUUGUAUUAGAGGUGAAAAAUAACGAAAUUGAUUAUAUUUUUAAUUUGGAAUUUCAUAUGUAGAACCGAUUUUGAUCUAUUUAAAUGAAUCAGGUGAAAGUCAUUUCUUCAAAUCGUGUUUUUUUGCAUCUCUUGCAAAAAAUAUGCUAAUAGAUUUGUAUUAAUAUUUUUCUUCCACUUCUUUUUCUGAUAUUUGUAUCAUGCAGUAAAAUAUAUUCUUGUAACAUUA